AUGUCAACUCCCGUCGAAAUCACCGAAAUAAUCUGCCGGAAGAAAUCACAAUACGGCCGAUACAUUAACACCAAGCAAUGGGACAAAUCUGACCAAGUGGCAUUGCCUGAUGCUGAAUUAAUGUUCUUCGAUACUGACGGGUCUCUCCUAAAGACCGGGAAUACCUCGUUUGCGUUCCCAUCUUCUACAGCUUUUACAGAAUUUUUCACUAAUUUCUUCGCAAAUGCACAGAUGCUCCAUAUUUUCGGACCUGGAGAGUUGCAACUGAAAGCUAUUGAUGAGGUGGGAGCCAUAUGGGGGAUGGAAGAUCAAAUUAUCCUGAAACACGCUAUGGGAUCGGUUGAGAUCAGAGGCGGAGGGUACUAUCAUGAGACUUAG